UGGAGCUCCAGUCUGCAGCUAGACCCUUCUCGUACACGGCCAGAGCACUGAGAGAUAUCAGGUAUUGAUGUAACUGGAGAGAAUAAGGGAACCUUCUUCCUGAGCACAGACAUUGGAGCCUGUUAUCAGCAUGAACUCAGAUGUGUUAGACAAACACGUGAAUAGUUCAUAUCCACCCUUCAUUACAGGAAGCAUCAGAAUGAUACCGCAAACUCCAAAAGUCUUAGACACUAAUGACUAUUCACAAACAUUAGGGAUAGCAGAGCAGAUAUUUAAAGAAGAUGAUGAAUUGGCAGGAACUGGGAAGCAAUCAUUAUGUACAGAGAGUAAUUUAGUCAUCAAACAAGAGGACAACAUUUAUGCCUUAUCUAGUGAAAUGAUUAUCCCAGAGGAUAAACCACACACAUUUACUGAGUACUCAAAAGAUUUUAAAGAAGGCACAAGUCUACUGUCUAACCAAAUGAUUCAUACAAAGGAGAAACCUUUCAAAUCUACAGAAUGUGAGAAAAGCUUUAGAUGGAAGCCUCAUAUACUAGAACACCACAAAAUUCACACAGGUGAGAAGCCACACACAUGUAUUGACUGCGUCAAAUGUUUUACACGAAUGGAUCAUCUGAAAACUCAUAAAAAGAUUCACACAGGAGAAAAGCCUUUCACAUGUACAGAGUGUGGAAAACAUUUUACAGAAAAGAGUAGUCUGAAAAAGCAUGAAAGAAAUCACACAGGAGAAAAGCCUUUCACAUGUACAGAGUGUGGAAAAAGUUUUAUACAAAGUAGUGAUCUGAAAAGGCAUGAAUUGAUUCACACAGGAGAAAAGCCUUUCACAUGUACAGAGUGUGGAAAAAGUUUUACACGAAAGAGUGAUCUGAAAACUCAUGAAAGGAGUCACACAGGAGAAAAGCCUUUCACAUGUACAGAGUGUGGAAAAAGUUUUACACAAAUGAGUAAUCUGAAAUAUCAUGAAAGGAGUCACACAAGAGAAAAUCUUUUCACAUGUACAGAGUGUGGAAAAUGUUUUACAGAAAAUAGUAGUCUGAAAACUCAUGAAAGGAAUCACACAGGAGAAAAGCCUUUCACAUGUACAGAGUGUGGAAAAAGUUUUAUACAAAGUAGUGAUCUGAAAAGGCAUGAAUUGAUUCACACAGGAGAAAAGCAUUUCACAUGUACAGAGUGUGGAAAAAGUUUUACACAAAAGAGUGAUCUGAAAACUCAUGAAAGGAUUCACACAGGAGAAAAGCCGUUCACAUGUACAGAGUGUGGAAAAAGUUUUACACAAAUGAGUAAUCUGAAAUAUCAUGAAAGGAUUCACACAGGAGAAAAGCCUUUCACAUGUACAGAGUGUGGAAAAUGUUUUACAGAAAAUAGUAGUCUGAAAACUCAUGAAAGGAUUCACACAGGAGAAAAGCCUUUCACAUGUACAGAGUGUGGAAAAAGUUUUACAGAAAAGAGUAGUCUGAAAUAUCAUGAAAGGAGUCACACAGGAGAAAAACCUUUCACAUGUACAGAGUGUGGAAAAAAAUGUGAGAAAAGCUUUAGAUGGAUGUCUCAUCCAUUAGAACACCACAAAAUUCACACAGGUGAGAAACCACACACAUGUCCUGUGUGCGGCAAAUGUGUUACACAAAUGAAUCAUCUGAAAAGUCAUGAAAGGAUUCACACAGUGGAAAAGUCGUUCACAUGUAAAGAGUGUGGAAAAAGUUAUACACGAAUGGAUUAUCUGAAAAGUCAUGAAAGGAUUCACACAGGGGAAAAGCCGUUCCCAUGUACAGAGUGUGGAAAAAGUUUUACACAAAAGAGUGAUCUGAAAAAGCAUGAAAGGAUUCACACAGGGGAAAAGCCUUUCACAUGUACAGAGUGUGGGAAAUGUUUUACAGAGAAGAGUCAUCUGAAAAAUCAUGAAAGGAUUCACACUGGAGAAAAGCCUUUCACAUGUACAAAGUGUGGAAAAAGUUAUACACGAAUGGCUCAUCUGAAAACUCAUAAAAAGAUUCACAUUGAAGAAAAGUCUUUCAUGUGUACAGAGUGUGGAAAAAGUUUUACAGAAAAGAGUGAACUGAAAAGGCAUGGAAGGAGUCACACCGGAGAAAAGUCUUUCACAUGUACAGAGUGUGGAAAAAGUUAUACACGAAUGAUUCAUCUGAAAACUCAUAAAAAGAUUCACACUGGAGAACAGCCUUUCACAUGUACAGAGUGUGGAAAAAGGUAUACACGAAUGGAUCAUCUGAAAACUCAUAAAAAGAUUCACACUGGAGAAAAGCCUUUCACAUGUACAGAGUGUGGAAAAAGUUUUACAGAAAAGAGUGAACUGAAAAGGCAUGAAAGGAUUCACACUGGAGAAAAGUCUUUCACAUGUACAGAGUGUGGAAAAAGUUAUACACAAAUGGCUCAUCUGAAAACUCAUAAAAAGAUUCACACUGGAAAAAAGCCUUUCACAUGUACAGAGUGUGGAAAAAGCUAUACACGAAUGGCUCAUCUGAAAACUCAUAAAAAGAUUCACACUGGAAAAAAGCCUUUCACAUGUACAGAGUGUGGAAAAAGUUUUACAGAAAAGAGUGAACUGAAAAGGCAUAUAAGGAUUCACACUGGAGAAAAGCCUUUCACAUGUACAGAGUGUGGAAAAAGUUUUACACAAACAAGUGAACUGAAAAGGCAUGAAAGAAUUCACACCGGAGAAAAGCCUUUCACAUGUACAGAGUGUGGAAAAAGUUUUACACGAAAGAGUGAACUGAAAAGGCAUGAAAGGAUUCACACAGGAGAAAAGCCUUUCAGAUGUACAGAGUGUGGAGAAAGUUUUACAGAAAAGAUUAAUCUGAAAAGGCAUGAAAGGAUUCAUACAGGAGAAAAGCCUUUCACAUGUACAGAGUGUGGAAAAGGUUUUAUAACAAAUCGUAAUCUGAAAUAUCAUGAAAGGUUUCACACAGGGGAAAAGCCAUUCACAUGUACAGAGUGUGGGAAACGUUUUACACAUAAGAGUAGUCUGAAAUAUCAUGAAAGGAGUCACAAGGGAAGAAACCUUUCACAUGUUUAGAAAGUGGAAAAAAGGUUUUUAUUGAAAUCGGAUAUCACAAAACACCAAAUAUUUACACACAAACUUUAUAUACACAGUGUUCAAACCUUUUUGCAAUUACCCUGAAGAGGACAAACUCUAUAAAUAGAAGCAUCAAAAAUGAUCCUAUUGUAAAUAAUACUUUCUAAAUCCCAGUUAAAAAGCCCCAGAUUUUAAGUGCUCCGGUGCACCUCAAUUUCUCUCAUAUAAAUGUGAUAGAAUCCAAACACCACACAGGAAUAUACACAUCUGUCCUCAUACUGACCAGUUUACACAACCAUUCACCGCCAAAGGACCCCCAGUGUUGUUUAUUAAUAUGCCAGUGUUAGGAGUUGUAUGUUUGAUUUACAUAGGGGAGGAAAUAAUUACAUUUACGUCUUUAUAUGAAGAGAGAUUGACAUAUGGGAGAUAUUUAAUGUGCACAUCAUGUGCAUAAACCUUUUCUUCUGUACAAUGCUAAGCAUAUAUUUCUAUGUUAUAUACCAGAGGAAUUACUGAGAGGAAACUGAUUGUAUUUAAUAUUUCACAAUAUCAGUAACCGGUAGAUAUGUGAUCAUAAUCAGUUUCAUUUAAAUGGCUACUAUAACCUACAAUGUAUACUGGGUAUGUAAUAUGUGUGUCAUGUUCUGUAACAUUAUAUUAUGUCUGUUAGAUGUUUUCAUGUUAGUUAGAAGCCACAAGAAUUGAUAAUAGCACAUACUGUAUGUAUAAAGGGAACAUUACUGUAUAUGUCUGAUAAAUCCCUUUGUAGCAAGAGCACAAGUGUUGGGUAUAUUUAUAGCAUUAUGUGCAUAUAUCAUGUAAUGCUGCUUUUUUCUAUAUAAUUAUAUGUAAUGUUUUUUUGAACAGCAAAUAAUAUUUCAGUAGCUCUCAUCCUUUUGGCUGAUUUUGAAUUUGAAGAAUCAAAUUAUCCACUAGGAAUUCAAAGGAUGCCAUAUUUAAUUGCGUACCUUGAAUUCCCUAUUCAGUGUGCAACGGUGAUCGUACGAAGAGGAUCCUCCACACUCCAUUGCUCAGCGGUCGCCGAUCUUCAGUUCCAUGGUCCAGGAUGAAGAAAAGGAAGAGGUCCCAGACUUGGAAGAAGAUGGCGGCCUCUUGGAAGAAGACUUCAUCGCGUCUGGAACAGGUUCUUCUCCAUCGGACUUAAGGAACCAUGAGUACCUAUCUUGGGGUUAGAGUUGGGCUUUUUUUAAAUUUUGGGGGGAGGUUAUUUUUGGAUUAGGGGUUUGGGCCAUCUUAAGAGCUGAAUGCCCUUUUAAGAGCAGUAAAAGAUGCCCAUACAAAUGGCCCUUUAGGGGCAAUGGGUAAUUUUUUUUUUUUUAGAGUUAGGUUAUUUUAUUGUGGGGGUUUUUACUUUUUUUAUUUUGGAUACAUUUAUUUUUUAUAAUGCUAGACUUUUUUAUUUUCUGUAAUUUCGCUUAAUUUAAACUUUAGUUUAUUUUUAACUUUUAAAGUAGUGUUAGGUUUUUUAUUUUAAUUGUAAUUUAGUAUUUUAAUUUAUGUAAUGGGGUUAAUUUAGGGCAUGUUAGGUUAGGGGCUUAUUGAUUAGUCAUUUGCGUAGUGGGGUUUGGCGGUUUAGGGGUUAAUAGAUUUAUUAGGGUAAUUGUGAUGUGGGUUUAUGGUGGUUUAGGGGUUAAUAGAUUUAUUAGGGUAAUUGCAAUGUGGGUUAAUGGCGGAUUAGGAGAUAAUAGAUUUAAAUAGAUACUUUGCGUUGUGGAUUAGGGGUUAAUACAUUAGUUAUUGCGGGGGGUUGUGGAUGAGAGGUAGAUAUUGCGCAUGCGUUAUUUAUUUAUUUUUUUUAACAGCGAGCGACGGGUAAAAUAUAGUGUGGUGCCGUAUUUGCGAUCAAUUGUAGUGUAAGAUCGGGUUACCAUAGUAACCUAUUAAUUUUUUCGACAUUCAUAUCGGGUGGAAGAGUUUACUCAAUGCUAACUUACACCUACACAAAAUGGGUGACCACACGCAAAGUGGUAAAUGCUUCAAUGGAAACCUGGUACUAAAAUGGAGCCAUAAAUUACUUUUCGCUGUCGGCCGCUUCAGUAGCUUAUGGCUCUAUUUUUAAUGGCUCAAUGGAAGUGAGCCCAUAGUAGGUAAAUCACUAUAACUAUUCCAUUUAAAAAAAAUAUUUACUAAACAGUGGUAGAUAUGGAUUACUUGUUACUUAAGGGAGUAAUAGGAUUUCUCAAUCUUGCAGUCCUCACCUCCUGUUUCUCAACCUCCUACCCUUCUAGAUUGUAAGUUCCCUUGGGAAUAGGGCCCUCAAUUCCUCCUGUAUGUGUUUAUACAUUUUUGUCCUGUCUCUUACAAGUUUCAUAUAAUUGUUUUAUUUAAACAAAGUGUACCCAUGGACAGUGCUACAGCAUAUGUUGGUGCUUCAUAAAUAAAGUAUAAUAAUAAUUAAAACUC